AUGGCUGCAUUCCUUAGCCUUUUGCCCUUCGUGGCCGCUGCUGUCGCAUUCGCACAGAGCCCCUCCGCGACUGUCAGCUGGAACAAUGUCACUGGCACUGCGAACCAGGCGUUUCCCACCGACGUCGGUUUCCUUGGGACCAUGGGCUAUGGCGAGCAGCCGUACAACGCCCAGAAUGACAAGCUGAACUCUAGCGAGUUCUUACAGACUUACGGUAUCGAGACUCGCUGGAAGCCCAAAGACGCUGACCAGGACAAGGCGAACUCGGACGACAUUUUCCGCAACCUCGGUACUACGUCUCCGUACCGCGCUGCUGACGAUCUCUUUCCCGAGACCAACCAGUAUCGUAAUUUGCCCGACGAGUGCGUGAUCAAGCAGGUCCACGUCGUUCAUCGCCAUGGUGCCCGCUACCCCACCAGCGAAACUAGCGAGGGUGCGCCCAUGUUUGGCGAGGUGAUUGCAAAUGCCACCAAGGAUAAUAAGCUCGGGGCUUCGGGCGACCUCGAUUUCCUGAAGCAAUGGAAGUACCCUAUCGGCGCUGAGGUGCUUGUGCACCAGGGCGCUCAGGAGCUGUUUGACUCUGGUGUAAAAAUGUUUUACGACUAUGGCAAGCUACUCGAUAACAAGACCGACCACAAGAUUGUAGUCCGCACCACUUCGCAGAGCCGUAUGCUCGACAGUGCCCGCUACUGGACCCUUGGUUUCUUUGGCUGGAACGCGCCCCAGCAGGUCGACAUUGAGGUACUCACUGAGUACGAGAACCAGAACAACUCGCUUGCGCCCUACGAGGUGUGUACCAAUAGCAACAAGGAUUCGUUCCGUAUCGGUGACGCUCUCGCCGUUCAAUGGCGUGAGAAGUACACUGCAGAUGCUGUUAAGCGACUGCAGCCGAUGCUCAAGGGCGUUAAACUUAACGCGAAGCUUGUGUACGGUAUGAUGAGCCUUUGCGCGUAUGAGACUGUCGGCGUUGGUUACUCCAACUUCUGCAAUCUGUUUACCAAGAAGGAGUACGAGGGCUACGAAUAUGACAUCGACCUCCAGUUCCAGGGCGACUAUGGCUUUAUGAACCCUACCGGCAAAGCCCAGGGAGUGAGCCUUGCUAACGAAGUAAUUGACCGCAUGAGCCAGACGGAGUUUGAUCAGGCUGCCGGUCUCGAGAACACGACGCUGAACAAGAACAAGACUUAUUUCCCCGUCGACCAGCGCCUUUACGUCGACUUUACCCACGACGACGUGAUUCAGUCUCUUCUUACUGCGUUUAACUACUCGCAGGUAGCCGACUAUCUCCCCAUCGACAAGCCAGACCCCAAUCGCCGCUACCGUUCCAGUCGUGUGACGCCGUUUGGUGCCCGUCUUGUCUUUGAGGUCAUGGACUGUGGCAAGUCUGGUAAUGCGACUCGUUACUUGCGUACCAAGAUUAACGAAGCCGUGGUGCCCAUGGACCAGGACCAGGGCUGCUCUGAGACCAAGCCGAAUGGUCUCUGCAAAUUUAAUGAGUUUAUCAAUCACCAGAAGCAGAAUGCCAUCAAGGACGCCAAGUUCCAACUUGUGUGCUUUGGCAAAAACGGUACCGACUUUACCGUUACUGGUCCUGUCACGAACGGUACCGUUUAA